UAGACCACACUGGUCUCUGACUUGCUGCUGUGCUCCAGACAGGAUUAUACUUGUGAGCUAUCAUCUCCAGCAAUUUUGUCUUAAAUUAUUAAAGAGUGUUGAAUCAGUAUAUAUCAAUAUAAAAAACAUGGAUGAAGAACCUGAGAGAACUAAGCGGUGGGAAGGAGGCUACGAGAGAACAUGGGAAAUUCUUAAAGAAGAUGAAACUGGAUCACUCAAAGCAACUAUAGAAGAUAUUCUCUUCAAGGCAAAAAGAAAAAGAGUGUUUGAGCACCAUGGACAAGUCCGACUUGGAAUGAUGCGCCACCUUUAUGUGGUAGUAGAUGGUUCGAGAACAAUGGAGGAUCAAGAUUUAAAGCCCAAUAGGUUGACUUGUACUUUAAAGUUGUUGGAAUAUUUUGUAGAAGAAUACUUUGAUCAAAAUCCUAUCAGUCAGAUUGGAAUAAUUGUGACUAAGAGUAAAAGAGCUGAAAAACUGACUGAACUCUCAGGAAACCCAAGAAAACACAUAACAUCUUUGAAGAAAGCUGUAGAUAUGACCUGCAAUGGAGAACCCUCUCUUUAUAAUUCCUUAAGCAUGGCUAUGCAAACCCUAAAACACAUGCCUGGACAUACAAGUAGAGAAGUCCUAAUCAUCUUCAGUAGCCUGACAACCUGUGAUCCAUCUAAUAUUUAUGAUCUUAUUAAGACCCUGAAGGCAGCUAAAAUCAGAGUGUCUGUUAUUGGAUUGUCUGCAGAGGUUCGAGUUUGCACUGUACUUGCUCGUGAAACUGGUGGCACAUACCAUGUUAUUUUGGAUGAAACCCAUUACAAAGAGUUGCUAACACAUCAUGUUAGCCCUCCUCCUGCCAGCUCCAGCUCCGAAUGUUCUCUCAUUCGUAUGGGAUUCCCUCAGCAUACCAUUGCUUCUUUGUCCGAUCAGGAUGCAAAACCAUCCUUCAGCAUGGCGCAUUUGGAUAAUAGCACUGAGCCAGGACUUACACUGGGAGGUUAUUUCUGCCCACAGUGUCGAGCAAAGUACUGUGAGCUUCCUGUUGAAUGUAAAAUAUGUGGUCUUACUUUGGUGUCUGCACCUCACUUGGCACGAUCUUACCAUCAUUUAUUUCCUUUGGAUGCUUUUCAAGAAAUUUCUCUAGAAGACUAUAAAGGAGAAAGAUUUUGUUAUGGAUGUCAGGGGGAAUUGAAAGACCAGCAUGUCUAUGUUUGCACAGUGUGCCAAAAUGUUUUCUGUGUGGACUGUGAUAUUUUUGUUCAUGACUCUCUCCACUGUUGUCCUGGCUGUAUUCAUAAGAUCCCAACUCCUGCAGGUAUUUGAUUUCAGCUUGAAGGACACACACUGAGUGGGUUAAGAAAGCUUGAAACUGUAAAUAAAAUGAAUUUUUGAAUAAAACGAUUCUUUAAUUAAAACAUGAAAACACUUUGAAAGAAGAA